UAUAACAAUGAGUGAGAAUUCCCAGGUAAAAACAAAUAAAAGGUGCCGAAAUGCUUGGACUGAGGGCGGCGAAAACCUUCUAAUUGAACUUUGGGAGGAAAAUCUUUCUCAAUUGCGGGGCCCCCGACGAAAUGGCCACAUAUUUAAGGAUAUGGCCAAACAUAUGUCUGAAAUGGGGUACAAGGUAACCGCUACCGAAGUCCAAAGAAAAGUACACAACUUUACCCAACGCUUUAGAAAGGAACAGCACUGUGUUGGCGUGUCCGGAGGGUCCCCAUCAAAUUGGAAAUUUUUUAUGAAAAUAAAUAGAAUUUUGGGAAACUUGCCACUUCAUAAUAUAACUGAGCUUGUUUCAAAUAGUUUUGCAGGUAUGUUUGUAUAUAUUUUUUUUUAAUUCAUUGAAUGAAGUAACUUCUUUUA